CGUCUCUUGCGUCUCUCCCCGUCCCGGGCUGUCCCUGCGCCGCCGCACAAGCUCCUCUCGCCUUCUCCCACCGCCGCCGCGGGGCCGCCUCCCCUCGCCGCCACCCCCAGAUUGCUGCGGCGCGGAGGUCCAUCCCGUCUACCCGGAGUCGGACCGGCUCCUCCACUCGCCGUGAACACUUCAACCAGGGGAUGGCAAUGUCUUGGACAAGAGGAUUAAAGUAUGUUGUUGUUCCAAGGCAUGCAGCUCAACUGGUAGAGAGUAGAGGUCUUGCCAUUGCAAGCAAGGCAAAGAAGGGUGGAAAGGGUGGCGCAGCUGAUGCUGCUAAAACUCCUGCACUCAGCAAAGAGCUUAAGAGUACAAUAGUGUUUGGGGCAAACAUCCUCAAGGAAGGUUCUGAUCCGAAAAUUCAACCAGACUCUGAGUAUCCCGAGUGGCUGUGGCACCUGCUCAACAAGCGUCCUGUGCUAAGUGAGCUGCGGAGGAAAGAUCCCAAGACACUCCCUUAUGAAGACCUGAAGCGUUUUGUCAAGUUGGAUAACCGAUCUCGGAUCAAGGAAAACAAUGCUCUCACUGCUAAGAACUGACCUGGAGAGUCUUAUGAAGAAACAGGGGCUGUUAUUUUGUCCAUUUUAUCUAAAUAUUUUGUAGGUGGCACAAUGAACUUUUUUUGGGCAAUAACGUAGUGAUUCGGAACAUUAAAGUCUAUGGAGUUGCUUGGUUUGGCACUAUUAUAGGGCAGCUAGUGACACCAGGAUGGUUCUGUUUCAUUUUGCGAAGAUGUAGCUUCUGCUUCUCAAGUUCCAUGGUUCUGUGGCAUUUAUCAGAUGUUCAAUUGUCUAUGGUAUUUCACAGUUAACACAUCUUUCAUUUCAUCUGAAUCUUGUUGGGAGUGCACAAAUAUAUUGGAUUUUUCA